UAUUUCGCGCCAGUGAUUUUGUUUCAGUUAUUCUGAAGACUUCAGCUUCGAGGGCCAGCUCCAGGACGAAAUCUUAGCAACACUAAACGAAACGAGUUCAACCAUGUUUUCAAAGAUCAUCACCGUUUUGUUUGCUGCUAAUGUUAUCUCUGCUGCGAACGGAUUCAUUGAUUCCAAGUUACGGGUGCUCGAACCAAUCUUAAAGUGUUAUGAGGGAAACGCCCCUGAAUUUGCCGGCGAGAAGGCAAUGGCAGCACGCCUCAAUCUCGAUUCAGACGCCGACGACCUUGAAUUGUCGUGCCGAGUAAUUGGGGAUUAUGAUACAUGCUUGGCAGACGUUCUCGAGAAAACUCCAUCUCCAGUCCCAAAAGUUUUUCUGUUCUAUGGUGCUGAGGCUUAUCAGACCUCUUAUCUUCUCAAGAAAGCAAAUCUUUGUCCAGGGAUAAAGUACGAUAACCUCAAGAGAAUUGUGUUGAACUCAGGUAUAAUGAAGAAAGAAGGGCUUUCAAACAUUGAGAAUGAUCGCUAUCACAAAUGCGCUGGAGAUGCCAUGAAGAAGUGCUUGUUUGAAAGCAUGCAAGUGUCCGAGCAUGAGCAGGGAGACCCUGACGCAGGCGAUGACGCAGAUGAUGCUUAUAUUCGUUGCAUAGAAGAACAGACAAAGACCUGCAAUCACCCCAUCAUGCGCCACUUAUUUGAAGAGAUAAAAGCGUACAAGAAACAUGUCAAGCAGUUGGAAAUGCUUGAAUCAGAAGAGCAACAGGGGUAGAAAUUUCGAGCCUUUGAAUUGCCACUUUCAUGAUCAUGUAACUGCAAUCACCGUAGAAGAAAAUAGAACAAGUUUACAACAC